AGUCACGAUAUACCUCGGAGUCACACUACAGUCGUUGAUGUUCAUCAUGACGCAGGUUGUUGCUUGGUUUGUUUGUUUAUGUGUUGCUGUCGCAAAUGGCGCAGUAGAGCGAUUUGUUGCCGAACCGGAUAUUCCUGAGCUUGUACAAAGACUGGAUGCGCUUACAAAUCAAGUCAAUGAAAAUAAAGCCGAGAUCGCCAAACUACGUCAUGGGCCGAUUGCAUUUAAAGCUCAUCUGACCAAUGUUCUUAAGCCCGGUCCGAAUCAGCGCAUCGUCUACGACGACGUGCAACUAAACGUUGGGAAUGCCUACCACCGACAUUUCGGAGGCUUUCUUGCACCUUUCAACGGGACUUACUUGUUUGCUGUGUCCGCUUGCUCGGACACGGGCCAUUAUAUAGUCCUCGAUUUGAUGAAUAAUGGAAGCUUGAUUGGCAAAGUACUUGCUGGGGAUCCAUCGUAUGCCGACUGCUCUUCCGAGACGACCAUCACUGAACUGAAGCAAGGGGACGAAGUGUACGUUCAACAUCACUCAUCUAGUGGUGAUUAUAUAUUGGCCCACGAUAUAGCCCUGAACAGUUUUACCGGUGUUCUUUUGCAGGUAGUGUAGAUCGACAAAGAAAAACUUACUAAAUGUUUGAUAUAUAAUUCAAUUGCAACGUCACUCCAAUGUUUAUAAUAAUAAAAAUACAAUAAUA